CAAUAAGAUAAAGAUGAUGGAAAUAAAUGCAGGAGACACAGCCUGAUUGGAAAAGUCAGCUGCUUUGAGCUUCUACGGACAUGGCUGCAGGAUUCCUGGUUCCCCUGCCGGUGCUCACGGGGCUGUUGCUGUUCCUGUGUGUCGGGCCCCGGGCUGAAGGUGGGAAGGUGCUGGUCUUGCCCACGGAUGGCAGCCACUGGCUCAGCAUGAAGAAGGCCCUGCAGGAGCUCCAUGCCAGAGGCCACGAAAUAGUGGUCGUUUCGCCAGAGGUGAAUCUGCAUAUCAAAAAAGAGGACUUUUUCACCCUGAGGACCUACGCCAUUUCGUACACCCAGGAGGAAUUUAAUGACUUCUUUCUGGGCCACUCUUAUCUGGUUUUUGAAAAAGGACAUUUUCUAAAGAUGUUUUUGAAAAUCAUGGAAAAUUUGAAAACUGCUUCUUUCAUUUUUCAAAGGUCUUGCAAGGAGCUGAUGCACAACAAGGAGCUGAUCGGGCACCUGAACUCUAGUUCCUUUGAUGUGGUUUUAACAGAUCCUGUUUACCCCUGUGGGGCAGUCCUGGCUAAGUACCUGUCACUGCCUGCCGUGUUUUUUUUGCGCUCUGUUCCAUGCGACUUAGAUUUUGAGGGCACGCAGUGCCCAAACCCUUCCUCAUAUAUUCCUAGGCUAUUAACAAUGAAUUCAGACCACAUGACGUUCCUGCAAAGGGUCAAGAACAUGCUCUACCCUCUGUCCCUGAAGUACAUUUGCCACAUUGCUUUCACUCCUUACGCAAGCCUCGCCUCUGAGCUCCUGCAGAGAGAGGUGUCGGUGGUGGAUGUUUUCAGCUCUGCAUCCAUGUGGCUGUUCAGAGGAGAUUUUGUACUGGACUACCCCAGGCCAGUGAUGCCCAACAUGGUCUUCAUCGGGGGCAUAAACUGUGCCAACAGGAAGCCAUUAUCACAGGAAUUUGAAGCCUAUGUUAAUGCUUCUGGAGAACAUGGAAUUGUGGUUUUCUCUUUGGGCUCCAUGGUCUCAGCGAUUCCCAAGGAGAAAGCUAUGGAAAUUGCUGAUGCUUUGGGCAAAAUACCUCAGACAGUCCUGUGGCGGUAUACUGGCACUCCACCACCAAAUCUUGCGAAGAACACAAUACUUGUCAAGUGGCUUCCCCAAAAUGAUCUGCUUGGUCACCCGAAGGCUCGUGCCUUCAUCACACAUUCUGGCUCCCAUGGCAUAUACGAGGGGAUAUGCAAUGGCGUUCCCAUGGUGAUGCUGCCCUUAUUUGGUGAUCAGAUGGACAACGCGAAGCGCAUGGAGACCCGGGGGGCUGGAUUGACCUUGAACGUCCUGGAAAUGACUUCUGAAGAUUUAGCAAAUGGCCUAAAAGCUGUCAUCAAUGACAAAAGCUACAAGGAGAACAUCAUGCGCCUGUCCAGCCUGCACAAGGACCGCCCCAUCGAGCCCCUGGACCUGGCUGUGUUCUGGGUAGAGUUCGUGAUGAGGCACAAGGGGGCCCCGCACCUGCGCCCUGCAGCCCACGAUCUCACCUGGUACCAAUACCACUCUGUGGACGUGAUCGGCUUCCUCCUGGCCAUUGUGCUGGGCAUUGUCUUCAUCACGUACAAAUGCUGCGCCUUCGGCUGCCGGAAGUGCUUUGGGAAAAAAGGACGAGUUAAGAAAUCUCACAAGUCUAAGACACACUGAGAGGUGGGUGGGAAGUGAGGUGACCCAAAGUUGCAACCAGAGGCAACGUUAAAUUUAUGUUAUGCUGAUUCAAGAAAUACUUAGCCCUAAGGGAGAUACCCCCGUGGUUUUUUUUUUUAAUAGAAACAAUCUAGGGGCGCCUGGGUGGUUCAGUCAGUUAAGCAUUUGACUCUUGAUUUUGGCUCAGGUCAUCGUCUCACGGUUGUGAGGUCAAGCUCUGAGUUGGGCUCUGCACUGAGCGUGGAGCCUGCUUGGGAUUCUCUCUCUGCCCCUCCCCUCCCCCCCCCCUCAAAAAUAAACAGAUAAACAAACUUUAAAAUAAAAACAAUCUAACUGCUAGUCACACCUAGAGGUAGAGAUACUUGAAUAUGUUUUCUGCCCCCUUUAGGAUCUUUAAUUUGGACUACGUUCAUCACUUCAGAUGACUUUCCAGGGGGGUUGGACAGGUGCCUCCUGCACUUCCCAUUACUUUUCUUACUCAGCAAAUGAGGCUUGUUUGGGGGCACAGGUUCCAGGUGGUCUUACCCCCUCUACCUGGAAGGACAGCUCUAACAUCGUCGUCUGGCUUCUGUAGACUGUUGCGAUCAAUUCUGUCACCAGUAAUGGCAGGUCCUAACUUGCAUUCAUGCUUCACAGAUGUCACUUUGUGUAUACAAAGAAGGAAACAUUUGUUCCUUUAGGACAUAGUGCCUUGUACUUGAAAUAAAUGAAUGACCUAGGGACGCCUGGGUGGCUCAUUCAGUUAAGCGUCUGACUCUUGAUUUUGGCCCAGGUCGUGAGAUCUUGCAUUCGUGAGAUCAGGCCCCGCAUCCAGCUCUGUGCUGAUAACGUGGAACCUACUUGGGAUUCUCUCUCUCCCAUUCUCUCUCUAUCAAAAUAAAUAAAAAUAAACUUAACAAAAUAAAUCAUUGGCACAGGUUCUUUUGAGAACAGUGUCUGAUUUCUGGCUUUAGGGAAAAGAAUGAUGUAUAAAAUUGAUGAGUGGUGGGCUCAAGGGUAUCAUCGUGGCUUGUGUGCCAGUGGAUCUGAAUUUGAGGGAAGCCCAAAGCACAGUGUCUCACAAGUGUAUUUUCUCUGGCGUUUUCCACAACUAAAGACAUUAAUAAAUUCAUAGAAAUUCUA